AUGGGCGCUGCACAGGGGGGCUGCCAUACAAGUACCGAUGGAACGACGGCGGAGACGGUACUGCCUGGGGGUUCUGAGCGGGCAGGAGCGGCGACGGGGGAGCAUGUGACACCGAGGGACGCAGCUGAUGCGGACGGAGGGGUAGGGGAAAACGACGGAGCGGAGAUUGAGUCGGCGGCUGCGACGGGGGAGCCUGUGGUAGCUGAUGCUGACGGGCCUGCAGUGGGGACGGCGGCAGACCCUGCGCCUGCCGGCGGUUCUGCCGCUGCUUUUGACGGCGGCUCAGCUUCACCCUCUGCCACCCCUCGGGUUGCACAGGCGGAGGCUGAGGAGACGAGGCCGGGCGCGGUUCCGGAGCAGUUCGAUGAGGUGGCGUUGUCCGCGUCGCCAGCGCCGGUAACGGCGGCGGCGCUGGCGGCGGUGGUGUCUGCUGCGAUUGGGGAACAUGGCAACGCCCCGGUGGCGGGAGGCGCGACGACUGCCGCUGCGUGCGCCGGAACGCCUGCUGCUGUCGCGGCCGCAAGCAGGCAGGAGCACGGUCAGGCGGAGGGAGAGUUUCCGGGACCCGCGAGCGGCGCUUCUUCCGGCGCUGCACGUGCGAAGUCGAAGACGAGGCUGCGGGCCCAGCCAGCGCCGAGACGGCCCGGAGCAGGGCUGGGACCUGGCUCCCCGGGACCCCUCCUGGGCUGGCUUCUGCAAGGGAAACCGCCAUCAGAGCGAGCGCAUCGGUCGUCAUCGUUGAGCCAGCAGGAGGUGCGCGAGGUGGCCGAAGCUGGAAGCCGCCCGCUAGGAAACACCCGUGGUGCUCCUGCACUCAACACGACACCAGCGACGGCAGCACACGCUGAGGCGCCCAACACAACGAACGCCGUCGCGCACAACACCCGCCACGCGACGCGACGAGCGGCAAUAACCUGGGGACCGCCCCGGGGAGGCCGGACACCGUGGUUGCCGGCGGGACGUGGAGCUACGGGCGAGGGGACGAGAGCGCCAACAGUCGCGGGGCGGACUCAGCGGGGGGUCGGUGCACGGGGAGCGCGCGGAGGACGAGGGGGAAGGGCACUGGUGGGGGGAUCUGAGAUCCCUGUGCGUACUGGCACCUGGCGAGAACGCCACGAUAGGCCAGGAGCGGUGGAAGUACCAACGAAUGAGGAACAGGCAGCGGGCUCUGAAGAUAACGCCGGCGACCCAGAGUUUAUGUGUGGUGAAGAAGCUGAAUCUGAGGAGGUGUCACUGGAGGAGGAAACUGGGCGGAGGAGAAAGGGCAACGAGGAGGAGGGAAUCGAGCGACAGGGGAGGGGUCGAGUGGAACCAGAGGAUGUAGCCGCUGAGGAGGAUCACCAGGGGAACUUGCAGACGGGGUGGGCGGCACACCGGCAGGAAGCACAAGAGGUGCCCCAACCGCAGCAGCCUGCGGCGGGGGAGACGGAGGAGGUGGCGCACGCGCUGCCGGGGGAGACUGAGCCACCGGGGGGGCGGGAGGAGGUGGAGGAGCCAAUGGCGUCGACGGCGCCGACUCAGCAGGCACGGACGAUAGCUGCUGGGAAGACUGGAGAGAUGCGGACGGACAGCGCCGCGGCGUCGGCACCAAGAGGCGGUGACUGCGCGUCGGACACAGGGGCCCGACAAUCUCUCGCUGGACAGCGGGAGGGUGGCGAGGCGGAAGGCGACGUCGGAAGGAGCCGCCACGAGCCCGGAGAUGUGGAUGGGUCCGACCGCGGGGAGAGCGAUAGACUGGCUCGUGACGACGGGGGGAGGAGCCGGCCUCCUCGUGCGCGACCAGGGCAGCGGCGGCUCGGAGCAGGGCUGGCGCCAGCUCGCCCCGGGCCUGUGAGUGGCUGGGAGCAGCAGGAGAACCAACCGAGCGGCCCGACCGAGAGGAGGAUCGACGCUUGCCAGUCAUCGCCACGGGGCCUGCAGGCACAGGGAGGUGAGGGAGAGGAAAAUCGUGUGGCGGAGCAUCUCGAGGAGAACGAGUACAGGGAGGAAGAGGGGAUAGCGACGGUGACGGCAGCGUGGCAAAGUCGGAGGAACGAAACUAGCAGGCAACGGACCUUACGCGAGCAGGCGGAGGAGAGGGCGAUGGGGCAGCAGCCGCGAAACGCGGCGGGACGCACGGCCACACGGGGACGCGGGAGGGGCCGGGGCAGGGGGGGACGGGUGGGGGAGUUGGUGAGAUCCGUAGCAAGAGAAAAGGCCAGAACCGGAAAUUGGCGGGAACGGCAUGGGAGGCCAGAGGAGGAGAAUGGAGCACCAAUGAAUGUCGCCGCAGAGGAAGAAGAGUCAGAAUAUAUGGAGGAGGAAGAGGCCGAAUCGGAGGAGGUGUCUGUGGAGGCCGAAGACGGGAUCCCAGCUGGCAAUGAGGGCAGACGGCGACACACGAGCCUGACGCAGAAGGCAUCUGCGCAAGGGUAG